UCAAAAUGGGGACUCGUUUGAAGGUGCUGAAGUUGUUUAAAGCGUUGCACAGAACAAGGAUUGGUGUGUUCAGAGAUGACGAUAGAGCACUGACAGCUGCGAGGUUAAAGAUAAAUGAGGAGUUCCGGAAAAACAAAAGCGAAACGUCAGAAGAAGACAUUAGUAAGAUGAUCAAAAUGGGCUCAGAUGUGGAAGCUAUUCUUCGACAAUCUGUCCUACAAGUGGAACAUGUAGGAGAAGAUAAACUCUUGCUUCGACCCAGAGACGGCCUUUUUCUUGAAAAUGUACCAUAUUGUGACCAGCCCAGGAAAAAGUCGUGACAGGUUACCACAGACUAACCUUCUCAACAUAUAUACAGACUUGCAGACUCAGCCAUUGAUUCAUCAAUCUGUAAACUGAAAUAUUCCACCAUGGCAACUUAUGUGUUGGAACAGUUCUCAUCCAAAAAAACCCUGAAAAAUCAUCACUGCAUUAGGGAGUACCAUGAUGUUAUCUAUUCAGAACUGGAGCCACUUCAAUUCUGGAGUUUUGUGCUUUGAAAUUAAAGCAUAGUUUCCAUCUCAUGUACAGUGUUUUGAUGUGAUAUGAAGCACACAAAGGUGCAGAUUUUUAUGGGGGUGUCUGUCUACAUGCCAUAAUUUGCGUGCUCUUUUUAAAUUUCACAAGUGAAUUUUCCUAUAAUGCCUAAUAAUUUAACUGAACCUAUGAGGGAAGCUUCACUGUCACUUUGUGUUUUUAUGUAUUAUGUUGAAUUGUUUUCUGAACAUUGAAUGGUUUUCUGACAUCAGCCAGUGUGGUCUCUUUUAUUGUUAAAGGUUAGGGGUUGCCAAUGAAUGUUGCCCUCUUUCCACGAAACUCAAAGAUCAAUACAAUAUACAGAAAAACAACAUAAUGGUCAACUUUGUUUAUUUCACAUUCAAGGAAGAUUUCAGAAUGAUAAUGAUCAAUAUUGUUUUAUCAUCUAGCACAAUAGAGAAUUAAAAAUAGUGAAAACUAAAAUGCAAUUGGCAAAUGCUUUUAUCAUUAAUUGCUGCACUUGGAAUUGUCAAGUAACAGUAAAAUGAAAAUGUGAAAGUCAAGUCACAAUAUUAUUCAGAUAUAAACCAAAAGAAAAUCCCAAAUAAUGAUUCAUCGACUUCGGUUAAGCAGAGCUUCUGCAGCUGUUUUAAGCUGUUCAAGCCGAGAACGAGGUUUUGUGCAAGCAUAAUGAACAUCUAAACAAAAAGUACAUGUAAGUGCUUGAAUUGUUAACUUUAAUAAUACAUUGUUCAAGUAACAAAACAAAAUAAAGCUAUUGA